CAAAUUCUGCGAAACCAUACGGAAAUUACCUAAACUCUGUCUAUAGGUCUGAAAAUUACACUCUCAGUGAAGAUAGRCAAGACAGAUCAUGGCAUUGAACAGAAAAUUGAACUGCCUUGCGAUUCUUUUGGUAUUUUUUCUUAUUUUGCUCUCGCAUGCGCACUCGRUAGAAAGGACAAGUUAUAAAAACUUUAUUGCUGUAUCGACAGCUGGACAUAAUACGCCAAGCUGCUUGAAUUACACUUCGGUGGAACGUUCGUCUGCUGAUCCUUGUGGAACGCUUGAUUAUGUGUUCGAUUCAAUCUCAACGAAUCAUCGGAAUGCAACCAAAGUUGUUCUAGAAUCUGGAACAUAUAACUUGACCAAGAAUGCCUCCUUUGAAGGAAUCAURGAUUUUGGAUUGAGUGGAAAUGAUAGUAUGGACAACGUCGAAGUUGUGUGCUUUCCUGAAGUCGGGUUUACAUUUUUACGAAGCAGAAACAUUCGAAUACAAAAUUUAACAAUUUCACGAUGUGGAACACUUCAUCAUAGUUCCAUUGGUCAAGCAUUUAGUGAAUAUGACAAGAACCAUACUUUGUUCUACACCGGUGUCUUCAUUGCGUACUGUAAGGACAUCAACAUUCAAAGUUGUCAAAUCAACCAAAGUAUUGGCAUAGGUCUAACAAUGUAUGAUACCGGAGGCCAAGUAAUUAUAURUGGCUCGAAAUUUGUUCGUAAUACCCCGGAAAUAAACACAAGCUUUGCACAAGAAAAUAAUUAUGCUGUGGCCGGAGGUGGCGUUUACUUGGAACUCACUUUCGACGGUGCCCUCCCCCCAUUUGACKUCAACAACACGGAACGCUUUGCCUACCAACAUGACAAUAGCUAUUUAAUUGAAAAUUGUACCUUUAAAGAUAAUUUAGCUCCCAAACAGUACUUCAAAGGAACAUUUAUCGAUUUACCAAACGGUACAGAYCACAUGCCGUUUGGUAGAGGCGGAGGCAUGUCGAUUUUCUUUAAGGGUAACRCAACGAMUAAUAAUGUCACGCUACWCGGAAAUGACUUUAUCAACAACACAGGCCUUUKKGGCGGUGGCUUUUUUAUAGAAUUUCAAGAUCAWACAGAAAACAAUCAUGUCGUUAUUUCUGGUUCCCGCUUUAUCAAAAACARUGCAACUACUGAGGGRGGWGGGGUUCGUUCUGGAAUUGUAAUUUGGGAAGRACGCUUAAAGGCUAAUACUAUCAARCAARUGGAYAAUGUGUACAGAAGUAACGUGGCCAUAAUUUCAGGAGCCGUGUCUCAUUACGGCCCUCAUUACUCCCUCGUCGAUGGCGAGGAGAAAAUAAGAGAAGUUGUUUUUCAAAACUGCAGUUUCGAAUACAAUAACGCAACUCUUGGAGCUGCGCUCRGCUUUAGCACGGGAUUUUUUGAUCUUCGACUCAACAGCUUAAGUCUAAAAGCUAAAUUUCCUUGGAAAGUUGUCUUUGAAAAUGUAACAGUAGUUGGAAAUCGGAUUAUUUUGACGGAAGAUCGAAAAGUUAUUGGACAGGGAGCUUUAUUUGCAUCAGCUACGACCAUUGAACUGAGAGGGGGUGCACUAUUCGAAGAUAAUUCUGAUACAGCUCUGGUGUUAGAUAAUGCGUUGCUGAUUGUCCAAGACUUGAACAAAUUUUAUAAUAAUACAGGGCUACAAGGCGGUGCAAUAGGAGUGUAUGGCUUGUCACUGAUCAAUCUUAUGCCAGGUUCCACUAUGCAGUUCAUUGGCAACARCGCCACUGAAAAGGGUGGGGCUAUAUAUGUUGCUUCCAAUGGACCCCCYAUCUUGGCAUUUAAUUCGACAGAACUCAAUGAAAGGAGCUGUUUUCUAGGCUACAAKAAUCAGAAUGAUAUGGAGAAUGUUGAUGGCUGGAACACCAGUAUUAUCUUUGGUUCAAAUACUGCGAAAAGGGGCGGCGGGAAUUCAGUGUAUGUMCAUAGUUURCAAUCCUGUCGCAAGACCGGUGAGCCGAGAAAGAAAAAUACAGCUAUGCAAUGGCCAAUUAUCACAUAUAUGAACAGAAAUGACGAUGGGUUUGACAUAAAGGAUGAAAUAGCUACAGACCCACUUGAAAUUAUCGUCUAUAAUUAUCAAUGGCAUGUCGCCCCAGGCGAAGAAUUCAGUCCGGCAGUGGAACUUCGUGAUGAAAAAGAAGGCCUAGUCCAAGGAAUUGUGCGAGUAUCUUCUUGGACAGAUAGAUACAAAGAUCCACCCAGCCCACCCCCACUGCUGCUUAUAAACCCUAAGAACAAAAGCAGCAGUCUGGCACCAAACUUCACUAUCAAAGGYAACGCCAAAGAACCUUUAGAACUUAUCCUAACAACACUUGGAGGACAAAUCGUUAAAACAAAUAUAUCAAAUUUAAAGCUUAAAGAGUGCUAUAUGGGGUUCAAACUAGAUCCAAAAACACGGGAAUGCAAGUGCAUGAGGAGUUUGAGAGGGGUUUCASGUUGUACAACAGAUCGCAAACACGUCUACUUGAAGAACGGCUUCUGGGGGGGUAAGGUAGGGACAUAUUUUUCUACUUACCCCUGCCCACCUGGGUACUGCAACGACGUUGUUACAAAGAUAACUCGCACAGGUGACUACGAAAUGAUUCCGGGAAAUGUUUGCGCAGAAAAUCGAGAUCAAACAAGCGUUUUAUGCGGCAAAUGUAAGGACCAUUACAGCGUACGUAUUGGCUGUGAAGAGUGCGCGGCAAACUGCAGCUACGACACACUGUAUUGGUUUGUGCCUGUGUACUGCAUUUCAAUAACUUUGUUUGUAUUAAUCGUUCUAGUCCUUGAUCUAGAUAUCUUUACUGUCUAUCUCAAUGCAUGUUUGUACGCUUAUCAAGUUAUCCCGCAUCUAAUAACUCAAGACAAUGAGGCCUUUUUCCAACAUGAUGRCUUUAUCACAUUCAUCAUUGGCCUUGCGAACUGGAGAAUARAURUUGGUGGAUCGUCCCUUUGUAUAAAAAACACGACUGSAUUGAGUAAGCUUUCAAUGGAGUACAGCUUUCCAGGAUUUGUCUUUCUGGUUCUGCUAAUUGUAAGAGUUACAGGGUUAAACAAUCGCCUAUCMAGAUUCACUGACCGUUUUGUAUGUUUACGUCACGUGAGACGAGAAAAUCGCGGCGAGCAAAGUUACAAUGCGACGCAUGCGCUGUGUAAUCUACUUGUUUUAUUGUACACUGACGUCAUCUUGAUAUCAUUCAAAAUUGUCCACUACGUGAACCUAAGUGGUAARUGGGUUCUCUUCUACGAUGGCUCGAUCGAAUUCUACGACGACUGGCGGAGACACUUCAUAGCAACAGGCGCUGCAAUUGUUCUCCUCCUCCUGGCCUUGGUGCUUGCCAUCUGUCUUAUCGYSGUGCCACAGUUUUGCCAUARAAUUCCYGGUUACCAAAGAUUUCGUAUUUUCUUCGACCUUUUUCAAAGCUGUUUUGAGGAAAGAUUGGAACCAGCCGAUUCACCGUCUAACAGGCCUUCUCCAGAUGACUCGUUCCCAUCUUCCUCCUCGACUGUUGCUACGCAAAGCGUCAUUGUCAGGUCAAAUCGAUGGUUUGCAGGAUUCUACCUUCUAUGUAGAUUUGUGAUUUUCCUCCUGGCAUUUUWCGUGCCUUAUGGACCAUURCGAAGGUCGAUUCUUGAGAUAGUAUGUGUUGUAGUAGCGUCUGUCUGUCUGUUUGUGAAGCCUUAUAAUUCCAAGUAUCAUUGGCUGAACAUCUCGGAUGCCAUUUUAUUGUUCACGCUCUCUCUCAUUGCAAUAUUGAGCACCGCUGUCAAUUAUGACGCCGAGAACAAGGAUGGUCUGAGGAUCGCCGUGCAUGCRCUAACAUACGUACCGCUGAUUUAUCUCCUCUAUUUAAUCUGUCUUUGUUGGCGAGCUUGUAGAGCGUACUUUCGCGGCCAUCAGAGACUGCAAAGCUCUGACGGUAGAGACACGUCGGACACUAAUGUAAGCAGUGAUCAUUGUAAUAACAAAGAUGGCGAAGAGUCCCUAACAAAGUCGUAUACUGUCUAGUACACGUGCGMAGUGGUCAUUUGCGGUCUAAAAUGUGUCAAGCGACGUUCAGCAAGAUGCAUCAUGGGAUUGACAAGUAAAAACUUAACCCAAGUUAUUGGUUGCAGGUUCAGUUUUGCUAACAAAGUUUUUUUUUUUCAGUUAAUCAUCUUUCAUAUUUCCAUUUAGAUACUUUUAUCGGCAACGCUUCGAUGCGUUUCGCCAAAACAAACAUGACAUCUAGUAGUUUAGAGAGAUAAAAACGAUUCAAGCAGAAUUCAAGCGACUUUUGCGACAUUGCGACAUUGUCAUAACUCAUAGGAACUCGAUCGUUCUCUUCCGUUUUCAUCCCGGGCUUUGGAGUUUCCCUGAGUAUGGUAAUAUGGACAUUUCACUUUAUAAAGACCUUGAUCUCUUGAUGAAUAUAGUAGUGUGCUUGAAUAAUUUCAAAUAAUUAGGCCUUUAGAAUCAGAUUGCAAAUUUAUAUACGGGUUAAUGUCGUUAAAGCGUAUAGAGUACAAACACUAAAAUUGUGCAACCUAAAUAUCACCAUAUACUGCAGGUAAAUUACGCUAAUUCUAUUGUUUUUUAUUGUAAAAUUAGCGCUAUUUUGUACUGUAAUAUUGCCAGAAUAUUGUUAAGAAUUUAACUAUGUAGGCGGAUCCAGGAUUAGAGCGGAUUUCGUAUGAGUGGGAAACGGACGGUACUGUACUGUGACUGUAAUCGUACUGUAACCAAAUUCUAGUGCCCCAUUGAUUCACCAAAAUUCUGCAGGCCAGGUGCGGUAACUGUGCGGUAACCGUGCGGUAACGGUGUCCCACUCAUACGAAAUCCGCUCUAUUUCAAAUAGGGGGAUGCAUCUGUAGCAUUAAGGUCAUGAUCAGUGCCAGAUUCGGCUGACUAGCUGGUGGAUGAAGGGCCCAUGAAGGACGGCCUUUCAUGACGUCUUUUCAUCGUAAUUUGUCACCAUUACACCAUUAUCAGGGGCGGUGGAGCGGGGACCAGCCCCCCCCCCCCCCCCAAUUUUUUUUUCGAAAAUUUAAUUUUUUUUCAUGAUAACAGAUCGUUGUAUUUUCCUAUAAUGUAAUUCAUUAAGAGUUGUAUUUACUGCAAAAUGAAAGCUUGAUGAAUAAAAAAGGAUUUCUUGAACACAAUAUUAAUCAAGCCUGUUAGACCCCUUCCUGCGAGAAGCUGAAAAGGGUCUGGGUACGAUAAUGACAUUUUAUCCGUGCACCUUUCUUCAACGACGAUAGAACGACCAACAAUGCACUUCGGUCUUGGAAUACACUUUUUUAGAAUUCAACGUUUUCUCUAAUAAUAUUCUCGAUUUUUACAGCGUAUUUGCAGAACCCUGCAUGUACACGUAAACGAAAAUUAAAAAGAGACUAAUAUACUGACAUUAAGUUUGUAUGAUAACAUCAAAAUACUASCUAUAUAAGGCCUGUUUACACUUGCGAUUCCUCGCGGCGAUGUCGCGUGACCAUCGCAGCCUGAGUUUCGAACAUGCUUGAAAAUUGGCUGCAACUUUGCGGCGAUUUUCCAUUCCAACAAUCGCAGAGCUGUUUACACGUAUGAUUUUAGGUGCKCGAUAGCAAAAGUGGCGAUUAUCCCGGUGCAAGUGUAAACUGGUCUUUCUAUACCCAGAAAUCAUGUGCAGGGUUAUUACUUGACAUAUCAUAGGAAAAGUAUCAGUGUGAUUUGUAUUAUGUAAUAAAAAAGCAUUAGUAAGUGA